AUGAGUGUCGCUGUGGUUGACUUUGGCUCAUUUGCCUUGGGUGAAGCUGCACCUUCAGCCCAUGAAAUGAAACGAUUAUCCAUGGAGAUCGGACGGACAUUCAGUGAACUUGGAUUUGUGUACCUCAAAAACACUGGCAUCAAAGAUGAGCAAUCACUCCGACCUGGCGGUCGGGGCGCGGAUGCCUUUAGCGAGUGGCCACACCUGUGCUUUUCCAAGCCCGUACAGGUCGGGAGGGAAGUGGGGUGGGAAAAGGGAGAGAGGAGCGAAAGGGGAUGGGGAGAGGAUCCACUCCCACCCCCUCACCCCUCACGUUCCUCCCCCUCUCCUUUCCUCUCCCAUCGCCUCUCGCUGCCCCCCCCCCCCCCUUUUAUCCCAUCCCUCCCUCGCUCUCCCCAUCACCUCCUCCCCCUCUUUCCCUCCUCCUAUUCCCCGACCAUCCGUCUCGCUCCCUCCCCGACCUCGCCCAGCGGUAUACACUGGCUUGGGAAAGCACAGGUGCGGCCGCUCGCCAAAGGCAUCCGCGCCCCGACCCCCACACAACAUGAAGACUCUUCUGCUCUCGGACUCGUCUUCCUCGGUCUCGCCGCGGUUAGCUGCUACCAGCUUCUGUGCUUGGCCAACCCGGUUCUGAGUGACGCGGACUGUCAUGGUUCCUAUCCGGGAAUGAUUAAUGACAACAUGAUGUGGCUCGGCUACUUGGAGGAAGGCCGCCACCGCUGCCAGAUACAGACCCCCUCCCUUUCCCGCUCCCCUCCCGCACCUACACACCUCUCCCCGUCUCUCCGCCUCCGGACCCUACAGGUUGAUUCUUUGUGUAAGGUGGACCAGUGGUGUGUAACGGAGUGCUUCAAGGAGUGGGAUCAUGGGGAUACGGGUGUGCGGUGAGGGACCAUCCCGGCUUCUACACUCGCGUCUGCAGCUGCGUCUCCUGGAUCGACAGCACGACAUCGAGGCAAACUGAGCCCGUUCCCGAUGGCAGCGCCAGGUCUCCGCCUUUCACUCUCUGUACAACUGGGAAACUAUCAAUAAAAUGGUUGCAAUGA